AUCCUUUGAGCCCAGAAAUCCAAUCUACUGGUAGGGUGUUAGAGAAAGAGGCAUGUUGGAGAAUGAGACUAAGCCUGCGCGGCCUGAUUGGAACAACUAAUGGCUCACUACUUGGCAAGGCUGAGUGCCGCGGAGAGCGAGGUCAGACGCGAAAGGACCCUGACAGUACCUCUGCGACGAAAGCUAGCAAUAUUACAUGUCACAUAGAACUGGCCGAAUCCUUUGAGAGCAUUAGGUAACACCCAGGCAAUGAGGGAUCAAUAACUUCAGGCAACAAAAACGGUGACACGUUUUCUGCCUGCGAUACGGAUGAAACCAACAUGACUAAUUCUGUCAACAGCGCUUUGACGCUUCUAAGCCAAGACCAUGCAGGGUCUUGGGGGUCAAUGAUCAUCUUACUCAGGGUGUUUGUUGGUUCGUCGUGAGAUGCACACUCAUUUUCGGGUUUUAAGUGUGAUGGCGGUGAUAUCCGGAGCCAUGCCAUGUAUCCGCUACGAUCCACCGCGUCUAUUAAUAAUAGCGGCGAGAGACAACAAGAGAGACAAAGAGUCGGGAAUAAGAGAGGGAAUCCGGUGGGACUGCCGUGUGCCAAGGACUUUGUUCCUCCUUGAUCCUCCCCAAAAGGUCUGGCAACCCGGAGGUGUUUCCCACAUCAGCAUCUGGUCUCGUGCAGGUGAGUUGGUGAGGAGAAUAAUGCCGAUGGACGAGCGGGGAAGCGAGGUUGCAGCUGGUCCCAUGUAUCCAUGCAAAUGAGCGGAUUCUAACAUCAUAUGGAGGUAUGCACACGUGCUACGUGCCUGCUUGGUGCAGUUUGCAAUCGAACCUACAGUUGAACCUACAAUUCCACAAAACACUAACGGCACGUCAACGCAUGAUGCAACACGGGAAAGAUUUCACUGGCCAAGAGAGCAGAGAUGCAAUGGCAAUUGGGUAGAAGGGGGCUAUGUAAGACAGUGUUGGAGUGAGACAGCGGGAAGAGGCAGAACGGGAAAAAUUGUGAAUAACAAUAAUCAAAGGGGAAUAAAUUGAACGGACAAGAGAUUUCUCUGGAAGCCUUGGCGGUGGAGUAUUCCACAG